AUGUCAUGGACAAGGUGGCUCGGUUUGUUCAGCAUCGGUAUUCGGCAGCAUCUCGGCUUGGGCGCAUCGACGCUGCUGGCUGCGAUGAUAUCACCGCUGAUUUGGGGCCUUUUUCUGUACUCCCUAUACCUGGUGUACGCCGGCGUCACGACGAAUGAGUCCCUCAAAUGGUCAGAAUGGAAGGAGGACACCCGGGACGGAUAUGCCUUCGCCCGGCCUCUGCCCACCAACAGGCAGAUUGCCGGCGAACCUACAUGGACAAGAUGGCCAAAGCUGCCGGCAACGAUCAUGGUCACCACCGACGACGCCGAGCCACCUCUACCGGAACAACAGUGUCCAGGCGUGGGCGAGUGGGAACGACCCCGGAGCUUGCGCGAUGUCGCGAACGUCUACGACAUUGGGUUUUGGGGAAACUUGAAGGAUGUUUUCCUUGCUGGCAACUAUCGUGGGAGCGAAAAUGGUGAACCACCGUCAGAGCGCAAGCGAUACGACAAGAGGACCGCCAAUGGUGGGAGGUACCCGCCUUAA